AUUUCAAAAAGAUUUAGCCUCUGGAUAUUGAAUGUUAAUAUAUUUGAUUGGGCGCGCACUUUUUGUUGACUUCAGUUUUGCGAAAAAUUUGUCGCAGGUUUGGUGAUGUGUGAAAUACAAGCUCUCAAAGAUGUGGCUACCCUCCUUCGAAUAAACUCGGUAAAAGCAACUGAAGCUGCAGGAUCUGGGCAUCCUACCUCAUGUGCCUCUUUAGCCGAGAUAAUGUCUGUACUUUUCCUGAAGGAAAUGCACUACAAGCCAGAUUCACCUAAAGAUCCUUCAAAUGAUAGAUUCGUAUUAUCAAAAGGUCAUGCCGCACCAAUACUCUAUGCAGCAUGGGCUCAGGUCGGAUUGUUCCCUGAGUCAGAAUUACUUAAUUUACGCAAAAUAGAUUCAGAUUUGGAAGGCCAUCCUACUCCGCGCUUGCCCUUUGUUGAUGUUUCUACUGGUUCUCUUGGCCAAGGUGUCAGCAAUGCUGCUGGGAUGGCGUACGUCGGGAAAUAUAUUGACAAAGCCAGCUAUAGAGUGUACUGUGUGGUCGGUGAUGGAGAGUCCGCCGAAGGGAGUGUUUGGGAAGCAUUGGCAUUUUCGUCGUUUUACAAAUUAGAUAACCUUGUUGUGAUACUUGACGUUAAUCGCCUUGGACAAAGUCAACCAACGCAACUACAGCACCAGUUAGAAACUUAUCGAUUGCGUUUUGAAGCAUUCGGAUGUCAUUCUAUAGUGGUGGAUGGUCAUAACAUUGGAGAGUUACUUAAAGCAUUUUCAUCUGCUCGUACGAUCAAAAAUAAACCUGUUGCUCUAAUUUGUAAAACAUUCAAAGGCCAAGAUUUCCCUGGUAUAGCUGAUCAAGAAAACUGGCAUGGUAAACCUCUUGGAAGUAAGGCGAAGGAAGUUCUGGAUUACCUCAAAUCCCAAUUAAGUGAUAGUUCAGUUCAGAGUUUUCCCCUACCAUUAAAACCACGAAAUGAUUGCAGCGAACUAAAAUUAAUGGGUACUAUCAAGCUGCCGUCCGCCCCACAAUAUAAGAUCGGAGAUAUGGUUGCUACCCGACUCGCUUAUGGCACAGCUCUCUCUCGUAUUGCCCAAACUUGUGACCGAGUUAUUGGUCUCGAUGGUGAUACUAAGAAUUCAACUUUUAGUAUUAAACUUAGAGAUACUAAACCAGAUCAGUUUGUCGAGUGUUUCAUCGCAGAGCAAAACUUAGUUGGUGUAGCUAUUGGUUGUGCUGCACGUGGACGAACAAUUCCAUUUGUUAGUACUUUUGCCGCCUUUCUCACUCGGGCUUUCGACCAAAUACGCAUGGGUGCAAUUUCUCAAACUAACUGUAAUUUUGCAGGAUCACAUGUUGGAGUUAGCAUUGGCGAAGAUGGGCCAAGUCAAAUGGCUUUAGAAGAUCUGGCUAUGUUUCGUUCUGUUAUUGGCUCAACAGUAUUUUAUCCGUCGGAUGCUGUGUCAACAGAACGCGCUGUUGAACUGGCAGCCAACACUGUAGGGAUCUGUUAUAUACGAACUGGACGCCCUAAUCAACCUGUAAUUUAUUCUCCCGAAGAAUGCUUUUGCAUUGGUAAAGGAAAAGUUGUCCGCACAGCAGGCUCUACCAGUGACCAUUUAACUGUAGUUGGUGGUGGCAUUACAAUAACUGAAGCAUUGAAAGCGGCCGAUAUUCUUGCGGCUGAAAAUAUUAAUAUUCGUGUCAUUGAUCCAUUCACUAUUAAACCAAUAGAUGAAGCAUUACUUGCGAAAUCUGUAAACGAAACAUGCAACAAAAUACUGACUGUAGAGGAUCAUGCACCUGAAGGUGGUAUAGGAGAUGCAGUUAGCGCAGCUCUCUCAAAAUGUGGUAUAGAACAUACUGUUAAGAGAUUAGCUAUCAGAGAAGUGCCACGUUCCGGGAAACCAGAAGAACUACUAGCCAAAUAUGGUGUAGAUGCAAAUGCGAUUGUUUGUGCUGUGAAAGCAUUACUUGGCAAAUGAUAAAUUCUGCAUUGAUUAUCUACCAUUCCAAUCGUUAUUGUGAUUCAAAUUAAUUUUUAAGUGCAAAUGAUUGAAUAAUCGAAUUCUCACUUCAUAACAAUGAAUAUUGUUAGUUCGGUUUCAGCUCAGAUUUGUGUUAUCAAAUGAACUUUAUAACUUAACUGUUUUUUUCCUAGGAUGUAGUUCAUUUCUAGUCUUUAAAACUAUUUUAUAAUAAUAAUAAAAGAAUUCUCUUUGAACUUGUCAUUCUUUUUAUUUUUACUUGAUAUAUGCACAUUAAACUAAUUAAGAAUUUUGGUUAGUCCUUUUUUAUGGUUAGAAUGUAUUAAGAGGAACCAAUUUAUCUGAAAAGUCCAAUAUAUAAUCUAUUGUUGAUAUUGUUUAAAUAACAAUCAAUAAAAUUUCUGUAGAAACAAA